UGUAUAGCUCAUUAAUUUAUAACCAAUUGUUUACCUUUAUUUCAAGUUUUUUUAAUAAUUUUAUUUUAACUUAAUGAUUGAUAAUGUAUAAACAAAAAUCUAACAUUAUGAAGUGGAAUGGUAAAGCAGUGCAGUGUUAUUAUGAUAUUCCUUCACAAGGAGAAAAGAGAAAAUAUUUUCUCGCAUUCAUCAAAAAUGAAGUCAAUUAUAAUGUUGGCGAAUUUGCAAUUCUUUCUAAUAACAAUUAUGACCCAUUUUCUAAAAAGAUUUGUGCCUUGAAAUGUUUAUUUGAAGAAGCAAAUGAUUACAAAGCUGUAGCAGUAGUUUAUCCACAAGCUACUGAAUUCAGAAAUCAUUUCCUUUCAUUGGGCAUUGAGUAUGAUCAUUAUAACGAGGUUGUUUUAGGUUCAACAGAAGAGAUCAUAAACUUGGAAAAUAUCCUAUACAAAUGUAGAGUUAUUCAUGGCUAUAAGAAUGAUACAGUUAAAGAAUCUAUAGAUUCUAGUAAUUUGAAUAGAGAUAAAUAUUUCUUGUGCAGAUAUAGGAUAUCUCUGAGUGACGAAUUGGUGCCACUUUUCGAUGAUACAAUUAAAAAUGAUAUUAUUAUUGAGGAGACAACAGUAAAAAAAGAUACACCGCUCAAAACUCCUUCUAGACAAAUUAUGAGUGCCAGUAGAAGCAUAGGUGCAAAAAAAAAUUAUUUAGAGUCAACUGAAAAUAAUGAGGAGAAUAAAAGUAAAACUCCUCAAGUAUCUCAAGUUAGAAGAAACUUGAACAGCUCUUUCAAUGAUUCCUUAUCACAAGAUGAAAAGAGUUGUUUAAACUACUCUAUUGUUGAACAAGAUAAUGAUAACUUGAAAAUAAAAUUGAGAGUUUCCAAUGGCAAAGUUCUGUCAAAAAUUCCUUCAAGCCAGCCAGUAGUUUUAAUAGAUAAUAAGGUAGAAUCUACUCCUUCAAAAAAGAAGAAUGUCAUAUACGAGUUAAAAAGUCCUAAUUUCAGGACAUUGUUGAAAAAAUCAGAAAUUACUGAACAAAAAUACGAGUAUAAAUCUGCAGAGAAAAUUCUCAGUGAAAUGGUUGAGGAUAUGAAGCUAAAAGAUAAAACUCCUGUUAAAUUGAGUCCAAGAAAACUUCGUAGACUGACAAGACCGCUGUACAAUGAAAAUUAUAGUGAUACUGAUUCUGAUGAUUUCUCUUCAAAGAGAAAAGUGGCUAGAAACAGAAGGGCAAAGGAUGAGUAUUCAAAUACACCAUCUAGUGUAAGAAGAUCAACAAGGGUACGAAAAUGUGGCUUAAGUCAAGAUUUCGAAUAUCUUAUGGACGUUGGUAGUGAGAAGAACAAUAAUUCGGCAAGAAAGCAAAAAAUGGAAAAAAGUAUAGCUGUAAAUGAUUCAGACGAUGAAGUUCCAAAAUCAGCUAAAAGAAAUAAGAGGAAAAUCGAUAAUCACAUAACAGACACACCUUCAUCAAAAUCCACAAAAGUAGUACAGGAAUUAAGUGAUUCCAAUGUGAUUAAAAUUGACGAAUCCAGUGAUUCAGAUUUGAAUGAAGAAGUAAAGAAACCGAUUAACAGAAGAAGGAAGAUUAAAAAUGGUCUCACAAGCACUCCUUCAAGAAAAUCUAGGGAAAUAAUUGAGAUAUCAGAUUACGAUGAGGAAGUGACAAAAUCGACAAAUAAAAAGGUUAGAGAUUAUGGUUUCAGUACACCUUCUACAAGAUCAUUGAAAAAUGUUAAAACACCUAGAGGCACACCCAAGACUCCCAAAAUGGCUAAAGGGACUCCUUUGAAGUUGAUACGAAACGGAACUUUGACACCAUCUGUUGAUCAGAGGUUAAAAGUUGUGGAAAAAUGCGCCACCCCAUUGUUGCAAGCGCGAAAUACGCUACAUGUCUCUUAUGUGCCGAAACUGCUUCCUUGUAGGGAGAAAGAGUACAUGGAUGUUUACAAUUUCAUUGAGGGAAAACUAAGGGAGAGGUGUGGAGGAUGUAUGUACAUAUCCGGAGUUCCAGGUACAGGGAAAACUGCCACUGUAACUACAGCUAUAGCAAAUAUUACGGAAUAUUGGAAAAGCAAGGGAUAUGGCAAUUUCAAUUAUGUUUGUAUAAACGGCAUGAAAGUUACAGAGCCCAGGCAAUGUUAUGUAGAGAUUCUCAAACAACUUACCGGCAAAAGAGUACCAUGGGAACAGGCCUUAACAAUGUUGGAGAAGCAAUUCACAACUAAAUCAGCUAAAAAAGUUGUACCAACUGUUCUUCUGAUAGAUGAGCUGGAUAUUCUUUGUACCAAGCGUCAGGAUGUUGUUUAUAAUUUGUUAGAUUGGCCAACAAAAACCAAUGCUCAGCUUAUAGUAGUUACUAUUGCCAACACUAUGGAUCUUCCCGAAAGAUUAUUAAUGAGUAGAGUGACGAGCCGUUUAGGUUUAACCAGAUUGACUUUCCAAGCGUACAAUCAUAAACAAUUACAAGAAAUUGUUGUUGACCGUUUGGCAGGAAAUGAAAGUUUUAGGGCUGAUGCUAUUCAGUUUGUGGCCAGGAAAGUGGCUUCAGUUUCUGGAGACGCCAGAAGAGCUCUAGAUAUCUGCAGACGUUCUGCUGAAAUUGCAGAAUUGGAGGGGCCCAACACACAAGUCUCGAUGCAGCAUGUUAAUUCUGCUUUGGAGGCCAUGAUAACACAACCCAAAGUUAAGGCCAUUUUGCACUGCAGCACUUUGGAGAAACUUCUUUUGAAAGCUGUUAUUGCCGAGGUUGAAAGAACUGGAUUAGAAGAAACAGUGUUUGAGGAUGUGUGUACAACUUUGAACUCGCUUGCAACACUAGAAGGUUUCAAAAUGGUCAGUCUCUCUUUAGUAUCUUCUGCAGUUUAUAGACUGACUUCCUGCCGGUUAUUGUUGUCUGAUCAGGAUAGCGUUGGUCUUGACCAAAGAAUUUUAUUGAAUGUUAGUUCCGAUGAUGUCUAUUAUGCAUUGAAAAAAGACUGAUGUUAUAAUGCGGUUUUUAUAUAGAUUGAACAAUUUCGUAUUUUUUAAGAGUAUGUGUUAAUAAUUUAUUAAUGAAAAAGUGAUCUAAGACUAAUUAAGAUUUGUUAAGUUUUAAAGUCAAAAUUUAAUUAAGUCAGUAGUUGCGGUUAUUUUAAAGUUAAUUUUGUUGAACAGCCUGAGUUUAGUGGCUGCGAUAUUAUAAAAUAAGUGAUCGAAAAUUUUAUUUUGUCGAUUCAUGAUUACUUAUUUAUUUACGACUUAUUAGUUGAAUUUUUAUGAGUUUUGUUUGUCUAUUAUUUUGACUUGAAUUCUAGGUUUACUACCUCAUGUAAUUAAUAAUUAGCACUGUCUUUAUUGGCAUUCAUGAAAUGUGUCUUAUACGUAUUAAGAUAAACUGAAUCUUCUCAAUUUUGCAAUAACAUAUCAUUUUUAAUUUUUAUUUACACACAAAAACUAUUUUUUAGCACUGUUUCCCGUUUUUUAUAAAAUCUUUGGAAUUAAAAUAAAAAAAAAACUGAA